AUGCGAACGUCGAAAAAGGCGCGAGGCGCCCCAGACGACGCAGCGCGUCAAAGUGCCUCUGCGGCGACUUCCUCAGGGCUCUCUGGCGCGGCCGCUUCGCCGUCGCGGGCCGCCGCUGGGCUGAGCGCGAUGCCCGGCGAAGACGGCGCGGGGAAGGCGUCCCCUGCGUCGUCGAGUUCUCACAAGAACAAAAAGACUGCAAACGCGCUCGCCUCCAAGCCUGCGCAGGGCGCCUCAGCCUCUACGCUCGGCAUGUCGGGUGGGGGAAAGGGCCGCCGCGGCAGCGCUGCGGAGGGCGUGAAGGCCGAAGGGGGGAGCGCGCAGCCUUCCGCCGGCACAGGGGGAAGAGACAAGCGGCGAAGCAGCAGCACGAGCGCGCGGCACGUGGACUCUGCGGGCGACGGCACGCUGGUCGCGACCGGGCGCCGCGCGCCGAGCCACGAUGAGCGCGGGCACAAGGCUGGAGCGAAGAAGCCGGCGGGCGCGAAGGCUGAGGCGGAAAAGAGCGGGAAGUCGGAGAAGAAAUCCGACAGAAGCCAGGCCGCCGCCUCCACAGGCUGCUCAUCCUGCGGAGGGAAGGGCGGCGCCGCGGCGAAGGGGGCUGCUGCGGGCGGUGACAGCGGCGCGGCGGCCUCGAGCGGGGGCCCGGGGAACCCCAAGGGAGGAGGAGGAGGCGACAGGAGUGGGCACAAGCCAGAGGACGAGAAGGGAGGCGACGGCGGGGGAGGCCGGAAGAAGAAGAAGAAACGCACUGCGCAGGAGGCCCAGAGAAGUCGAAGCAGCAGCAAGCAACGGAGUUCGCCUUCGGAGAUCUCGGGGGCCCACAAGAGCGCGAGCGACGACGAAGCGCACCGGACUACAUCCGAGGACGAGAGCUCGCCCGCGAAGAAGUCCUGCUGGGAUCGAAGACCCAGCCUCGUCGCCACCGCGAAUCCGCGCUCGCAGCCCAAAGGGCGGGAACGCGACACCCGAGACGAGGGACAUGCGCCCGAGGCGCGCCUGCCGCAGCACGCCAGUCAUCCGGCCUCUUCGGUUUGGGGCGGCGCGAGCGGAUCUGGAGCCUGCGGGCGAAGCUCUCCCGCAGCCGAAGAAGAGCGCGAAGAGGCUGAAACCUGCCCCCUCUGCCUCGAAGACAUGGACGAAACCGACCGCGGCCUCUAUCCCUGUGAAUGCGGAUACCAGCUGUGCCUCUGGUGUCUGCACCACAUUCGCGAGCGCCUCGGGAACAAAUGCCCGGCCUGCCGCCGGGAGUACGACGAGAAGAAAUUCAAAUUCAACGAAGAACGCGUCAACGAGGGCAAGAAGAUGGCGGGGCGGCAGCGCGGGGCCCGUGACCGACAUCAGCAAGGCUCGCAGCAGUCGCAGAGUCUCUCCUUCCUUCCGUCGUCGUCCGCCGCCGCGGUCUCUUCGGCGUCUCCGCACACCGCGCAUGCGGCGGGGGGGCGCUCAGGCGCCUCGGGCUCGCACGCGGCGUCGAAUUUGUCUCCUCCUCUGAACUUCUCUUCGUCGCCCUCCUGCACAGCGGCGGGUCACGCUGCGCACGGAAGUCUGCCGGCCUCGGCGCUGAAGACGAGCGCCGCAGGCGCCGGAGGAGGCGAGCGCGCCGGCGGCGGCCUGCCCAACACCGCGGCGCUGAAGGACAUGCGCGUGAUUCAGCGGAGCCUCGUAUACGUGAUUGGAAUUCCGCAGAGCAUCGCGAAGAAAGAGAUUCUGAAGCGCACCGAGUUCUUCGGGCAGUAUGGCAAAGUUCUCCACAUCGUCAUCAACAAGGCGCAAGGCUACAACAGCGCCUGGGGCGGGCCGUCGUACGCGGUGUAUGUGACGUACUCGACAGUUUCCGAGGCAGUCGCGGCGAUCCAGUCGAUCGACGGCGCCGUCUACGAGGGUCGGACCCUCAAAGCCUCCUUCGGCACAACCAAGUAUUGCUCGUACUUCCUCAAGGGGAUUAAGUGCCAAAAUCCGGACUGCUUCUACCUCCACUACCUGGGCAGCGACAAAGACAGCUUCACGAAAGAGGCGAUGAUCAGCGCGAAGCACCAGUUCCUCGACUUGACGCUUCCCACGGACGAGACGCGGAAGGCGGCGCAGGGCUCGCCCGGCGCGCUUUCUAGCGCACCCCGCGCGCUGUCGCCGUCGCCUGCGUUUGGCUUUCCUUCGCUCGCGGCCUCCUCAGAGGCGUGUGCCGCGGAUAAGCCCCCGAAGACGUUUGGCGUGCUGCCGCCCGGCGCGGCAUCGGAAGAGAAGAAGGCCGGCGAAGCGACCGGCGCAAGCGGAGCCAAGGAGAGUCCGCGCGCUAGCGAGGGCGUGGUGUCGGCGCAGGAAGGCGCUGCGACCAGCGGUUCCACUCCUCCUCUUCCGGAGGCUGCUUUGCUUGCGGCUCCGGGGGCCUCGACCAAGAGACGAGGUAGCGCCCGGGGCGAGAAGGGCGAAGGGGCCGUGGCGGCGGACCCGUGCAGGGACGCAGAGCCCGCGGCUGGGGCUGCGCCCGACCGGGCGGCGAGCCAGCAGGGGAAGAGCCGGGGGCCCGCGCCUGCAGCUCUCGCGCCCGACGCAAAGAAGAAAGAGGCCUCGUUUUCCUCAGGCGUCGCGCAGAAGGGAGGCGCGAGCUGGGCGCCCCGCAAAGGCCCGCGGGGGGGGGGCGCUGGGGGAGCGCCGGGCGAUGCGCGACCGGCGGAAGAGGAGAGGAAGAAGAAAGGCGAGAAGGAGAAGGGCAGCGCGAAGUCCCAGCAAGUGGCUGCCAGCGCGGGCGGAAAGAAGGACGAGGAGACAGGCGGCGCCGGUCCUACGGGCGAGGGGGAGGAAGCCAAGAAAGGUUCCGCCCAGAGCGAGGGCGCGAGGAAGGGCGACGCAGCGAAGGGUGAGGCGGCAGAGGCGCGCGAAAAAGCGGCAGGAGGCGAGAAGGCCGAGGCCGCGCGCGACGGAGAAGAAGAGAGGGAGGAGGACGCAGCGAAGAAGACGAAGGGAGGCAACGCGCGCGACGAGAGAAAGAAAGAGGGACUCUUGGCUUCGCCAGGGACGCGGCCCGCGCACCACGCGGCAGUACCCUCCCUCCAGGGGCUGCCGGGUGGCGCGGCGCAAGAGAAGGGUCGAAAGCGAUCUUUCCAGACGGUGCCUGGAGCCGCUUCCCUCUUGGGCUCGUCGCUAACCGCACACGAAGGCGACCACACCGACGAGGAAACUGCUGGGCAUGGAGGACCUGCAGACCGCGAGCGGGCAGGCAGCUCCUCGGCGUGUUCGUUCGCCUCGUUUUCUCCCGGCAUCGUCGGCGCGCGUCCGCUGCCGCACAUGUCGUCGUCAUCGCUGGUCUCGGCGCUCGCCGCGCAGCAGCCGCCGCUGCUUCCGCUACCGCCUUCGGCGUACACGCAGCCUGGGGCUCGAGAGCCGGGCAGCGCGGCCUGGUCUCCCAUCUUCUCCUUCUCUUCCUUCUCGCACCGCAGCAGCGUCUCAGAGGCUGACGUCCCUCCAGCCGCGUCGCGCGGCCUUGGCGCGACCGCGCACCACGCGCACCCGACCGCUUCCUCCCUCGGGCUCUCCGCGGGCGCGGCGGGCGCGACUGGCUUCCUGCAGGCCCCUGAGAGGGGGGGGCCUGCCGGCGACGAGGGGCCCGGCGGCGCGGCGACAGCGGCCGGCGCCGCCACGGGCGCCGGAGGAACCCGGCGAGAGAGCGCAGACCUGCGCGAAGGCGCGGCGGCAGCCAGCGCGGCAUCUGCGCCGUUUUUCUCGCCGUUUCCGUCUCUCGCACGCGCGUCUGCGGCCUCUGCGGGCGACGGCGCGCGCUCGGUUGCCUUGUCCGCGCUCGCGCGGACGGGCGGCGGCGAGAAGGAGACUGGAGACAGGGCGGAGGCGCCGGCGGCGUCGGCAUCUGCGGGGGUGUCAGCCGGUCAGGGUGAAGCGGACGCGCGCGAGCGGCAGAGAGAGGACGACCGCGGGAAAGCAGAGGCCGAUGUGCAGAAAGGCGCGCGCGCAGGACACGCGAGGGAGAAGGAAGAUGACGAUGAAGAGUUCUUCGACGUCCCCGGACUCGAUGACAUUCUGGGUCAGAUGGUCUCGGGGUUGCCGCCGGGUCGCGGUGAAGAACGCAGCGGCGCCAACAGCGAAAUCGAAGGCGGUGCGCACUCAGAUCUGUCUUACUUCCCCCCGUUUUCGGCCUUCCACUCGCCGCCGAGCACGUUCUCUGCGGAGCCUGCGUCUGCGUCGCAGCUGGGCGGCGGUCUCCUGGGUAGCGAGAUGGGUGGUGGCGACCCGUACCGCAAGCGCGACGACGACCCGCCGUUCUCUUCUUCUCAGGGGCAGGCGCCCCUGCUGCCCUCUCUCUCGUCGCUGCUGCAGCGACACAGAGAGGAAGAAGAGGCGGAGCUGCGCCAGCGACAGAGCCCGCCGAGCGCCUUCUUCCCCUCCUCCGCGUAUCCUUCUGGGUCGCUCUAUUCCGCGUCCGCGAAAGAGCUCUCGGCCGCCGCGCAGGGAGGGAGCGCCUUCCGCUGUCCGCACCAGGCGCUGGGUGACGCGGCGAGCCAGACCCGGGGACGGCAGUCUGCGCUCUUUGGGCGGCUCGCGAGCGACGACGUGGGGAGUCGCUUCGAGGCCUCCUCCCUGAGGUACUACGGCGCCGCGGGCGGCGCAGGCGACGCGAGGCUGGAGGAGGAAGACCGCGAGCGCGAGGGCUUGGCGUCGUCCUCUCCAUUCUUCGCGACUCUGCUAGCGAAAAAGGCGUCGGGAGGCCUCUCCUCCUACGACGCCCAGCGCGACGCGGCGGCUCGCUACCCGCAGACGGAGCCGGCAGCACAGCACAACGGCUACGGCGCCGCGCAGUGCCUCGGGGGGCGCCCGGAGCGGCACGCGGCCUACGAGCCGCAGCAGGCCGCCGCCGAACUGCUUCGCGCCGACGAAGGCCGGCUGAGCGCGAGCGAGAGAGACAGGUACUUUGCGGUGCUGGAAGCUGCAGGCCUGCAUCCUCGGCGAGAGGGCGAGGGGGCGGCACCUCCGCUAUCGGACUGCGGCCGCGCACGCGUCUUCGUGUCCUCCGCGUCGGAUGACGGCAGGGAGAAGCGCGAGAGAGCGGGGCAGAACUCGCUGAACUCGACAUCCAUGCCGUUUGCGCAGGACGCGCUGCUGGGCGCCCACCCCGGAGAGAACGCGUCGCAUGCGUCCUCGCUUCUCGUUCGCGGGGCGCGUCUCCCGUCCUCAGCUGUCCCGUCCUCUCUCGCGCCGUCGUCUUCCGCCAACACAGAUUCCGCGUCGUAUCGGAGCGAAGUCUCGGUGUUUCGCCCGUUCAACUCGUCGGCGGCCGCCACGCCGCAGCCUGCGUCCUCGGUGUCAUCGCUGCCCUCGGCGUUUUCGCUGCGCGGCAGCAACGAAGAGGCCGCAGGAGGCCUCGCGGGCGCCGCAGCGGACACAGGCGCGGGCGCAGAUGCGGGCGAGGGUCGCGGGGGGGCGGGCGCGCCGGGAGGGUCUUCGGCGCACAACUACCACGCCUCGCGCUUCUCGCCGCCGCGCGGCGGUCGCUACUACUACGUGCCCACUUCCGUCCCCUUUGCUCGCGGCUACGCAGCCGACGCGCACGCAGAGAUGACCUUCGGACCGGGCGUCGGGCUGUCGCCACCCUCGGAUCACGUCUCUUCCUACUUUUCGCUCCAGUCGGCGUCGUCGUUUCUCUCCGACAAGGAAGUUGACGGUCGAGGAGGCGCCGAAGAGCGUGAGCCGCGCCGCGGCCGGCGCGACUCAGAACGCCUUGGCGCCUCCGCCACCUCUGCGGACACCGCCCAGCGCAUCGCCGAGACGUUCUUCGGCGGCGGGCGCGGCGGCCGAAACGUGGAGGGCGAGAAGGAGAGAGAGCCAGAUCUGCGCGACGGAGACGAGCGCGAGAGAGAUGCGGGGCGGGAGGGAGAAGAAAGGGCCGCGGCGGCGGGCGGCGGCUACAGGAGCGGUCACCAGCUCCUCAUGCAUCUGCAUCAGCAGCACGCGAAGCUGCAGGCGAAGAAAGCGGGGCUCCUGGCGCAGGAAGCGGGUGCGUCUGCCAUGAGGCGCCAGAUGGAAGGGCGCGGAGUCGACGCGGGGGAGCGCGACAGACUCGCCGCGGAGACCGGAACUGAGCGCGUCGCGCGCGCCUUCGGCGGCGCUGCCCAGCCGCACGGGGACGGAGGCGCCCCAGCGUCGUUCUUCCCCAAGUUGAGCGAGCGCUGGGGCGGUGCGCCGGCGCCAAAGGCAGACGAGGCGCAGCCGUUCGGCCGCGGGUCGCUUGUAGGCUUUCCGGGCGCCGCGAGCUUUGAAGGGGAUAGGCGGCCUCUCCCCUUCAAAGCGGCGGAAGGCGCGCAGCUGGUUGGGGGGCGCCCAGGCGCUGCAGACGCGGGCGAGCGCGCCGACUACAUGGCGCCGCUCUCUGCGCAGUUCGCGCAGGACUCGGCGGCGUACGCUGCGGCGCCUCCAGGGCACGCUCCGGGCACGGGCGCGGCGGCGGGGGCGGCGGGGGCGGCGGGGUCCAGCGCAGCCGCGAAGUCCAACGCCUCGACUGCGAACAACAGCGCUUUGGCGUUUCUCCUGUCGCUCUUGCCCAACGCCAACGUGAACAUCGUCGCGCCGGACGGGACCUCGUCCUCCACGUUCUGCGCGCGAAGCCGCAACAGCUCGGUUUGCUCUUCAGCCUCCUCGUCGCUCUCCGCGUCGCUCGCGUCGUCCGCCGGCCUGGCGGGGACUGGCAGGGCGAGUGCCUUCGCAGCGGGGCAGAGAGAAGAGAACGACGCGGCGAAGAAGGCGGCGCGGGCGGCCUGGGAGGGAGGGCUUUCUUCGUCUGCUUCCUUCUCCUCCGUGAGCUCGUCCGCCGCGAGCGUGGAGGGCGUUUUGGGCGCGCGGCCGGCGGCGGCGCGGCGCGGGUCUAGGACGCGGGGGAGCGGCGAGGAGCCCAGCGAGGGAGAGCGAGCGGAGGCGUCCGCGACGAAGGCGGAAGCCGAUAAGGCCGGCGCCGCCCCAGAAGACGAGAAGAAGCCAGGAGGAGGAAAGAACGUGGACGCAGGCGCCGCCGCGGGGCUGCCGCUCUCGCCCUCUGCGUUCCCUCCGCUCUCCUCUUCACAUCCCUCGAGCAAGCGACCGGGCGUCGGCUCCAGCGCAGGGAGCGGAGGCGGAGGAGGAAGCGGAGCGAAGGAGGCCGCGGCGCCAGGUCUCUCCGGUGCGUCCCGCCCUGCAGGCGCAGACGCUUCCGCAGCUCUUCGGCGCCCUCUGUCGGGCGGCAGCGGCGCACAAGCGUCGUUUUCGUUUUCUUCUGCUGCCACAAAGCGCCCCGGCGCUUCGCUGGCGGCGGGUCGCCCUCGGGGUCAGUCUGGAGGCGGCGCGCCUGAGAAGGCUUCAGUCUUUUCGGCGUUUUCGUCCUUCUCGUCCUCCUCAUCCUUCUCUUCUUCCUUCUCUUCUUCCUCCUUCAUGCCCUUCUCCAGCGGGUCCUUCGGCGGCAAAGACGACUUUUCGCACCGAAGCGCCGCAGAGCGGAAAGUCGAACGCGAGAGAGGCCAGCGAGUCAAAAAGGAGGAAGAAGGCGACGAGGAGCUCAGGCGCGGCAGCGAGGGAGGCAAAGACGAGAGCGCCGAGGAGAGGAAAAAGACGCUUUCCGCCGCCGGAGAGGACGAAAAGCGAGACGGCGACGCCGCGAAGGGCGACAAGGAGGAGGAGACCAAGAAGCGCGCCGACGAGGGCAAGCCAGGCGAAGGCGCCGGCGGAGCUGGAAAGGAGAAAAGGGAGAAAGCAGACGAAAAACGGCAGACGGACGGAAAUAAAGCUGUCUCUGCGCAGCCAAAUAGCAAAUCUGCGAAAGACGGCCGCCAGAGAGCGCGGCACCGAUAA